AAGCUUAGAACAUGAAAGUGACAUAAUCUCGUAAUAUUUAUUGUUGUGUUCAGCGUUAAAUCAUAAUGUUAUUGAUCUUAAGAUAAGUCUUAUUGUGAUAGUUUAAGCUUUGAUUAAUCAUUUGGAAUAAAAGAAAGAUUAAUCGAUUGGAAUAUUUGUGAUUUAAUGUUUUAUAUAUUUUGGAUUCAAUAGUUGUUUAUUUCACAUGUGGCUCUUGGAUUAACACAACCACUUAGAACUCUAAAAUUCACAGAAAGUGAAAAGGUGUUUUAUUCUGAAAUUGCAAAUAAUCAAGACAUGGCAGACUAUAGCAAAGACGAUACCAAAAAGUUAUUUGAAAGUUUUAACGGAAUAAAUGGGUUAUCUAAUGGUAUUGUCGGGGACGUGAAAGAUGCAAUAAAUAAUAACAGUGUUCUAAUCGACCAAGAUAAAAACAAAUGUGUGGCGCUGAAGAAAAGAAUGGGACUUAUGUCUGGAGUGGCAUUAAUCGUAGGAACGAUGAUAGGUUCUGGAAUAUUUAUUUCACCCAAAGGUGUAUUAAUGAGCACAGGAUCGGUGGGUUUGAGUUUUGUGGUGUGGCUAGGAUGUGGUGUCCUAGCUCUUAUGGGUGCUCUGUCAUACGCUGAAUUAGGUACAAUGAUCACUAAAUCUGGUGCUGAAUAUGCAUACCUAAAAGAUGCAUUUGGGCCAUUACACAAGAACCUUGGACCAGUGCCAGCCUUUUUAUUUGCCUGGACCUCAGUCUUGAUAUUGAAACCAGCUUUAUUUGGGGUGGUUGCAAUGAGUUUUGGACUGUAUGCUGUAGAGCCAUUCUGCCCCUGUGGACCAUCAGACACUGCAGUUAAAUUAGUAGCUAUUGUAUGCUUGUUAACAAUAUCCUUUAUCAACUGCUAUAGUGUAAAACUAGCAACCAAAGUACAGAAUUUUUUCACCGUUACCAAACUUAUAGCUAUAGUGAUUAUAGUAGCGGGAGGUGCUGUUAUGAUUGCCAGAGGUGAAACAGAAUAUUUAGAGUCAGGGUUUGAAGGAUCUCAAACUUCACCAUCUAUUAUAGCUCUAGCUUUUUAUGAUGGACUCUGGGCAUAUGAUGGAUGGAAUAAUUUGAAUUACGUCACAGAAGAAUUAAAGGAUCCUUACAAAAAUCUACCUCGUGCCAUUAUGAUUGGUAUACCUCUAGUCACUGUAUGUUAUAUACUCACCAAUGUAUCAUACCUAACAGUAUUAUCACCAGCAGAACUAUUGUCUGCAAGCGCAGUUGCUACGACAUGGGGACAGAGAGUUCUUGGUGUUAUGGCAUUUAUUAUUCCAUUAUCUGUUGUAUUUUCUACAUUUGGUGCUGCCAAUGGAUCGUGCUUUACAGGAGGAAGAGUUAUGUUUGUGGCCGCUAGAGAAGGUCAUUUACCAGAAGUUUUAUCAUUCGUACACACACGACAAUUCACUCCUCUUCCAUCUUUAGUUGUAUCAACAAUAUUAGCAUGUGUAUUAGUAUUGAUGGGGGACAUAUUUGCCUUGAUUGACUUCUUCAGUUUUGCUGCUUGGAUGUUUUAUGGUCUUACAAUGGCAGCACUUAUAGUCAUGCGAUACACACAGAAGGAUGCUUACAGACCAUAUAAAGUACCCAUUAUCAUACCAAUUAUAGUAUUACUGUGUUCCUUUUACCUGGUGAUAGCACCAAUUCUGCAGAACCCUAGGAUAGAAUUUCUUUAUGCAUCUAUAUUUAUGUUUAGUGGACUUAUAUUUUAUGUGCCAUUUGUUGUAUACAAAAAGGAAUUGUCAUUUAUGAGACAUGUGACCUACCUUGUCCAGAUGGUAUUUUGUGUUGCGCCAAGUCGAUACGAUAAAGACAUUGUAGAAUGAUUGUGAAAAACAGUACAUUUAUUAAUAAGCUUUAAUUAAAUGUAUAUUUUCUCUUACAAACUGUGAUAGAGUACCAGGCAGCAUGUCCAAUGCAUUUAAAGGGAAUCUCUCCACGGAAAGUGCGGGCAUUUGCCUUUAUAGUAUAUUAGAAUAUAUACAAACUAAACGUUUUUAUUAUAUUUGUUAUUAUUGUGAUAUUUUUAUCCAAUAUUUAAGUUUUAGUUAAAUAAUUUUUUGAUUCUCUCAGCUUGCCUUGUUGUUGCUUGAAUUUAAUAUCCUGUUUGUUGUUGUUAAAAAGUUUAUAAAAAAAAAAAAAAAAAAAAAAAGUAAAAAGUAAAAAAAAAAAAAAAAAAAAAUAAUAAUAAUAAAAAUAAGUAAAAAAACAAAAGAAAAAAGAAAAAAUAUGUGUGUAAACAUGUAUAUGAAAAGAUAAAAAAAAAUGUGUGCUUAAGCCUUCCUAAUAUGAGAGAAUCUCUAAAAAAAACAUUGCCUUAGAAAUAAAGUGUAAGGUGUAAAUAUUAGACUUCAAUUAAGAAGUAAGUUCUGAACUUCAUAUUCAUUGUUUAUAGCUCAAGUUAUCAUUGAUCAUAUUACCUUCAUUGUGAAAUAAAUUCCAAAUCAUUUAUUGUUUUUAAACAGUAUUUUUGUAUUUAAAUCAUUGGCCAGGAGAAUGGUUAUUUGUUAGUAUCAUGACUAUAAUAUGCAAAAGAAUUCACUGUGGAAAAUAAUAGAAUUAUUUUCAUAUUGUAUUCAUUACUUUGGUCAAAAUAUUUUUAUUAAGUAUGGUUUAUAUGUUUUAAUUUUGAAAUUAAGAUUUUAUAUUGGGAGUAAAUAUUCAUGAAAUUCAUGCCAUUCUCUGAGUUUGUUUAUUAAUAUCAGAUACAGUAAUGUUAAUUUGAUAUAUAAUUUAUCAUUCCAACUUGAACAGAAGCUGUGUUCAGUGAUUGUUCUAUAAGAAUUGAUGCAUAAUUGCCAUUAUGCAGAAGUUUUCUGUGAUUAAUAAAACGUAUUUUUAGUAAAGGGAUUUUGAAUAGCACGUUUUGGAAUCUAAAUUUGCAAAUAUUUCAUAUAGCAUAUUUUAUGAAUACAAGCAUUACACAGGGAUUUUUCUGAAUAUUAAUUUUUUAUGCAAGGACCAUCACCUAACUAGGGCUGUUCAUGAAUAUGGUAAACACAUAGGAGGCACUUUUUUAGCCCCUGCCAUAGGCAACAGAGGCAUUAAGUGUUGCCCUUGACCUUCUGUCUUUGACCUCUGUCCAUCCCAUUUUUUUCCCGCACUGUAACUUAAUUUGCCUCAUGCAAAUUUUAUAAAACUCAAAGGCAAUGAUAAGAAUGGUUGUGAUUCAUUUUACCAUUCUUGAGUUAUGCCCCUUCUCAACUUGGAAAAUAUCAAAGCUUCAGGUCACGCAUUGAUGGCUCUCGACUCAUUCUUUUUAUUAUAAGACACUGAUCCCCCAUAAAAUAAAAGUGCAACUACCCAUAAUUUAUUAAAUUGAGUGCCUCCCAUUCUUCACCAGAUAAAUUUUGAAACGGACCUAAUAUUAAAGUCAUUUGGCCCUCAUCAUUCAUUUUGAAAAGUGGAAUUUUCAAGUUAUGUCUCACCUUAGUCUAAGUUAGAUUUUAUAUCUGUUACAUGUAAAUAAUAAGUUUAACUAAAGUCUUUCAUAAUGGACUUGUAAUUUGUAAAUAAAAUGCAUUAUAUAUAUAUAUAUUUGAAUUAUCAAUUCAUACCUUAAUGAUCUCUAUAUGUAUUUAUGUUUACUACAAUGUAUUGUCAUCUUUAUCUGUUUUGAAAAUGUGAUAUUUUUUCACAUAUUUGUGUUUUGUUAUGAAUAAUUUGUAUUUGAUAUACAAAUUCUUUACAUAUGUUUGAGCUAAAUAUGUAAAACAAAUUCCAUUUUCAUCUUCUCUCAAAAUUUAUCAGAUAUACAUUCAAUAUGUGAUUUCUCAUUGUUUGAAUUAAAUGAAGAAAAAAUUCCAUAUGUUUCUUCGUAGGCAAUAAUUAAGAUAUCAAGUUUAUGUAUGUAAGGAUAAGAUUUUAAAAAGCUUUGUUAAAAUAUAAAACAUUCCUUUUGUCUUACAUAUUCUGCCUUUAAGAAGAACCCCAUUGAUAAAACCUUCAGCUUAAAAAUUUAUUUUGAAAGAAAUUACCUAAUGUGGUUAUAUUUUUCCAUUUUAUUUUUAAACUCAUUUCCAUUCUUAAACAUAUAUUUCUUUGUACCGUCAAUUCAGAUCUUUUUUUUAAACCUUUUUAUUAUUGCAAAAAAUUGUAAUAGACUGGUUUCACAAAAAUUAAAACUCACAUUUUUUAAUUUUGAUAAUAUUAUUUGUAUGCAAAACUACAUGAUUCAAAAUGAUUUAUCGUUGGUCCAUAAAUUGCAGUAAUAAGAGCGUAAAAAAAUGUCUGAAUUUACUGUACAGUAAAACUUUUGAGUUAAUACCAUUCAUUAUGUCUCUAAUCGAUUCAUGUCUUAAAGAUGUACAAGAAUUCAUUUAAUUACUCGAUGCACCUUAAAUGGAACCCAAUUAUUGAAAUUUUUUUCAUAGCCGUGUAACAAUUCACCAAACAAUGUUCAGUUUAAUUUAUUGGUUAUUUUAUUGCAAUAUGUACCAAAAAUAUGUUUAGUGUUUCGUUACACCUCUGUUUUUUUCAUUAUUACGAUUUACAUAUAUAAUUUACUAGUAACCUGCACAUCAUAUUUCCCACGGUUUAUUGAGAAAAAGUUUACACUUUUACUUGAUUACUUCGAGGUCAAUUCAUUGUAUCAUUUGAUAUUGUAGCUUUUUGUCUUGCUCAAAAAGUAUGCUCAGCUAGAGUAUGUUUUGAUGAGUGUUGUUUAUAAGAUUUUAGAACGUAUAUUUGAUAAUAUUUUAUCAGACCUGUUCGUUUUGUUCAAACUGAUGUUCAGUGUAAUUUAAUAUACUUCACAAUUGUAGAUUGCGCUCUCAUGUAGAUGCAAAGUCUUUUUGACUAUACACUUAAUUUAAUAAUUUAUUUAUUGUAAAGUAUCAUCAAAUACCAUGACAGUAUUUGAUUUCAGGGUACAUAUACAUGAAAUUCAUGAAUGUUGUAUAAUUGUGUACCAUUUUCCAGAAUGAUAUCUUCUUGGUAGAUGGAUAUAUAUUUUUUACUGCUAAACAGACCAAUCAGAUAUGAGCAUUUAGAAAGUUGAACCAAAGAACAAAAAUAAUUUAAAAUUGUGAUACAAAUGUAUUUAUAUUUCUACCUGUCCAUUCACUUUGGCUGAUUGAAAUUCUUAGGUGAAGCCUCCCCCCCCCCCCCUCAAAAAAAAAUCCUAGAUCCUUGGUUAACUUCCCACCCAUUCCAAUAUUUACCAAUUUGUUCCAAUAUUAUUUAUUUUACAUUUGUGCCAUUAAAAAAUCAUGUUUAUUCCACCAAUACGUUUCUAGUUUACUAGAAAAAAAAGAGAAAGUAGUAAAACUGCCUUCUCAUUUUUGAAGGCUGUGCAAGAAUCUUGGAAAAUUGCUUUUAUGGUUUUAAGAUCCUUGUUGAGUUCCAUACUACUGAAUAAUUUAAAGCAAUAUAGUGUCAAUUAUUUUGAAAAGAACAAUGAGUGGCGAAUUGUAGCUUGAUAUGAUUUAAUUUUGUGAUGACUUCUGAGGUGUAGACCAUAAUGCAGAUGGUCAGCGAGUCCAAAGUGAAUAACCGGUGUUCUUUAAUUAUCUGUGAUUGAAUGCCCACUAUUGGUUUACAAAGUCUAAGAUCUUGUUAAACAUAGUAAAUGCUCAUUAACAACGUAUUUACAAAAGAAUCUCUGGAUUUUAUUGGUUGUAAAACUGAAUCGUUAUUUAUAUGAUACUGUUAUGUAAAUAUUUUUAUUUUUCAGUUAUACUGUAGUAGCCUUCAUUGUAAAUAUAUUCAUAACUUUGUAGUUAAUAUUCAUCAUAGAUUCAUAGAUGUUGUAUGAGUUCCAUUCUGUAUAGUUUUUGAUUUUGUAUAUAUUUGUAUAUACUGACAUAUUUAUUUUGAGUUCAAAAGUGCUGUUUCUUUCAUGUAACAUGAAGAAAGAAAUGAUACAUGUAGUUUUUUUAUUGAAAUCUUUUUCUUUCAUUCUCCUACCUUUUACUUUCUUUACAAAAAGAGCCUUUGAACAAAAACUGAUCUCCGUUUCACAAUAGUUUUAUAACCAAAUGCAAAUGCUCUAGAAAUAUACAAGUUUGUGACUUGUUAUAAGGGUUAUGCCCUUUUGCAAAUUGGGACAUAAAAAUAAACUCUAAAAAAACCUUCCUGAGAUUUGCAGAAAUAAAUUUUCAUUUAAAUUUAUAUCUCCAUUGCCUUAGAACAUUUGUAGUUGAAUUAUUUAUUUUGCUUUUGUUUCAUAAUUUGUAUCACCUAGUCUAGUUGUGAAGCAAUAUCUUUUAGAUGUUAUUCAGCGUUUUAUACAUGUUAUAGAACAGAUAAAUAUACAUUUUAUGUUUACAUGGUAUAAUUGCAUUGUAUGUGAUGUCUGAAAGGUUUUGUAAGAAUGAACCAUUUCAAAGGUGCUUAUAGGAUUAUUAAUUGUUUGUAAAUGAGGGGUAUAGUUUGUCAUCAGUUUAUUUUACAACAUGAGUCAUUCAAGUAAUUGCAUUAGGCCACACCAUACUAAUUUACUGUUGUUGUGAUUUGCCUUUUUAUCGACAUGGGUCUUUCAAGUAAUGCAUAAGCAUUAGGCCACACCAAAUUAAUUAUUGUUCUUGUGACCUGCUUUCCUCAUGAAUUUUCUUGAUUCAAAAAUCUAAUUCUUAAGAAUUUGCCUUUCUUCUCUUCAUUUCAAAUUUCAAAAUAAAAAGUUGUGGAAUUUUUUUUAUGUUAUAAUAGUUGAGUUAUUUGUCUCUUCAAGGGAAUUCUCUUUUUAACAGGAAAACUUCAAAGAACAGCAAAUUAAUUUGAUAUGACUCCUAAACUUACAAUAAACUGCAGUUCCAGCUUUAAUUGAUUUUAUGCUUGAAUUGUAAUUUUUUGAUGGAACAAAUUUGGCUCAUGUUGAUAUUUAAAUAUUUGACAAAGAUGUACUUUGAUUUCAAAUGUGUGUAAUAGGUUGAUCAUGUUAAUUUAUAUAUUUUUCUUCUUUAUUUUUGGAGUUUAUAAAAUAAAGAAGUUAAUAAAUAUAGCAGAAAACAG